AUGCAGCAACCAGCACAACAUCGAAGCAACAACACCAACAACAACACAGCAUCAGCAUCGGCAACCAGCAUCAAAGCAACAGCACAACAUCAAACGACGCAACGUCGCGACAACCGGCAAUACGCAGCAUCGGCAACGACGCAACAACAGCACAGCAUCAGCAACGGCGGCAUCGAGCAACACCGGCGGCAACCUGACGUCGGCAAGCAGCAUCGGCAACAGCAACGACGCAGCAUCGACAGCAACCUGGCGUCGGCAACGAGCACGAGCUUUGAAGCAGCAGCACAGCAUCGAAAGCAACGAGCACGCAAGCGUCGGCGCAACGAAACGACACAGCGUCAGCAACAAGCAACCGCAACGUCGACGACGCAGCAUGCCGGCGUCGGCAGCACAGCAACGAAGCAGCACGACGAAACGACGCGAAGCAAUCGGCCGCAGGCGCAGCACUUGAGCGCAACGUCAACGACGGCACGGCAACGGCAACAGCACGAGCAUCCGGCGAAGCGACGCGAGCGUCGGCAACCAGCGCAGCAACGAGCACGGCAUCGGCAACAACCAGCAUCCCGACAACGCAACGUCAACGACAACGCAGCAACAACGCAACAUCAGCAAGCAACGCAGCAACAACACAACGUCAGCAUCGGCAACAGCAUCAGCAACCGACGCGGCGUCAAACGGCAACACAAAGCAUCAAGCAACAACCGCAGCAUCAACGAAACGAAAGCAACACAACAUCGACAGCACAACGCCAGCGAGGAAAGUCGACAGCGCAGCGUCGACAGCGCGACGUCGACGCAGCGUCGAAAACGACGCAACAGCAAGCACAACGUCAGCAACAAGCACAACGUCAACAACAACACAGCAUCAGCAAGCAACAAGCACCAGCAUCGGCGACGCAAGCAACAACACAACGUCAACGCAACAUCAGCAACAAGCACGCUUCGACGACGCAAGCAACAACAACAAACAACAUCAACAACCGCUGUUAACAACACCAACCAAGCACAACAUCAGCAACAGCAACAGCAUCGGCAACGCAGCAUCAGCAACAAACGCAAGCAACGACGCAAGCGUCAGCAACGACACAACAACAAGCACAACAUCAACAUCGGCAACCAAGCAUCGACAACAACACGGCGUCAACGAAAGCAACACAACAACAACACAUCCAACAACAACACCAACAACAACACAAACAACAACACCAACCGCGAGCAGCAAGCGCAACGACGAAGCGCAACGUCGACGCAACGUCGACGACGCAACGUCGGCGACGGCGCAGCAAAGCGAGCGAGCGGCCAACGACGACGCGACGACGAAACGACGUCGGCGACGACGCGGCGUCGACGAAGCGACGGCGCGGCGUCGACGGCGCGGCGUCGACGACGCGAAGCGUCGACGCGGCGUCGAGCGACGAGCGCGACGAAGCGCAGCGUCGACGACGACGCGGCGUCGACGACGACGCGACAACGAGCACGAGCAUCGACGACGGCCGCAGCAAAGCGACGCAGCGUCGACGACGACGACGGCACGCGACGAGCAGCGCGACGUCGACGACAAGCACGCGACGACGACGCGAGCGUCGACGACGAGCGCGGCGUCGUCGACGACGCAGCGUCGACGACAGCGCAACCCAGCAAGCAACAACGCAACGUCAAAGCAGCAAGCGGCAUCGGCAACGGCACAGGCAGCAACGCAGCAAGCAACCCGACAACGCAACAACACCCAACAACAACUGCAGCAUCGGCACAAGCAUCAGCAACAACACCAGCAACAGCACAGCAUCAGCAACAACGCAGCAACAACACAACAUCAACAUCAACACAACUCAGCAACCUGACAUCAGCUUACCGACGCAGCAACGACACAGCAAUGACACAGCAUCCAGCAACAGCGCAGCAUCGGCAACAGCACAGCAUCCGGCGACGACGCAAGCAACGAGCGCAGCAACGAAGCACGAAAGCAACAACACGACAACUGCAACAACAACACAGCAACAACAGCAUCAGCAACAGUGACACAACGUCAGCAACAACACAAGCAACAAGCACAACGUCAGCAACAACGCAACAACAACGCAACCAACAACGCAAGCAUCAACAGCAACACAGCAUCGACAACGGCACGGCAACAGCACAAGCAACAUCGGCGCAACGUCAGCAACAACACAGCAUCAGCAACAACGCAACAACUGACACAGCAUCAGCAACAGCACAACAACAGCAACACAACGUCAACGGGAUGAGGGGACGGAGUGGGGGGGAAAAGGGGAUGAGGGGAACCAAGGUGAGUGUGGGGGUGUCAGGGAUGAGGGGAUCAAGGGUGAGUGUGGUGGAAUUCUCAGGACCCCAGAAACUCCCAGGAAUAUCAGAAAUUCCAAAAUAUUCCCAGCAACCUUCAGGAUACCCCCAGAAAGUUUCUGAAACUUUUAGGACAUCUCAGCAACUCUCAGGACACCCUUUACCCCCAGGACUCCCCAGAAAUAUUCCAGGACCCCCAAAAAUUCCCAGGACCCGCAAAAUAACUCCCAGGACCUCCCAAAACUCCCGGGACCCCCUAAAACUCCUAGGACCCCUAAAACUCCAGGACCCCUAA